AUGUCUUUGAAGAUGUCUCAUCACUCUACAUCAAUUCAUUGCCUUUCAACGGCCUCCACCCAACUUACCAGCAAUUCGCUUGAUAAACAUGAAGAAGUCGACACGGAGGCCCCUUUUGAUCCUUUAUUCGUCCCACCAUCUUCACAAGCGGUUCGUCGUCUGCUCGUCGUCGAUGGCUGCAACAUUGCGCGUUCGAGUUGUGGACCAACUAGAAACAAUGUCAACUGUGCCGGCUUGAUGGUAGUGAUUCGAUGGUUGCUCGUGCGUAAAUUUGAGGUGGUCGCUUUUCUCCCAAUCAUCUACAACAAUAACGGGAAUUUCAACGUGACGAACGUCUAUUUGUUGCAGAAACUCGAAGAGCUUGGUGUGGUGACUUUUACGCCGGCAAGGACGGCUCGGGGUGAUCGACGCGCUUUCAUUAACUAUGAUGACUUAUAUGUUGCCAGUCUUGCGGCUCGACAUGGUGGCACGGUGUUGAGCGGUGAUCGAUUUAAGGAUAUUCUAGCAGAGACCCAAUACAAUGAACUUCACGACGUCUUGCGCAAUCGUCGCCUUGACGUGAGAUUUCACAUCUUGAAACACCCGUAUGCACAGAUUGGCGAAGAUCGUUUCAUUGAUCGAAUUCCCGAGUUGUGCUUGCGACCAGCUGAUCAAUUGAAUGACGCCAUCUCGAAAAGGCUAUGGGCUGAGCGUAAUGACCCCGACUAUCAGAAGGUUCUUCUGCGCCGUCGCUCUUGGUCCAAGCAGCAAAGUGAUCGAAUGGUUGCAACAAUUGAUUUGUUGAUGGAUGAGUUGUGCGAGAAAACGGCAAUUCGACCCAUUCAACUCUCACCACCGUACACGCAAUGGAUUGCACAGAAGGGAAUGAGAAAUGGAGGAGGGAGGUUCGUCGACAGUUCAUUUGGUAGGCCUGGUCCAUCCACCACCACCCCAUCUACAUCUUUGUCAUUAACACCGCCCGUGUCAUACUCAAGCCGUUACUCGGAGGAUUCAGUCAUUUCAUGGAACGGUGAUUUUGUGGACUUGCGCGGGCGAAACGAUCAACAGCAACGCGGAGAUGGUGGUUUGGUGACCGAAGAUGGGUACUCAAAUGUGCCCGGCUUGUGGAUUCCGCCCGAGUUGCGCCAAGCGUCCGCCCAUGCUCAUCAAGACCUUGCGCCCGUGAAUGAAUAUCAAGCUACGAGUGGUGAUGGUGGUGUCGAGGCACAGGAACGAAGAACGAUGAUAAGCAUUCAGCCGGAAAUUGGCACUCCUCCAUCCGCCUCAACACUUGUGCCGCUGCGCUUCACUUGGAAAGAUGUCGAUUUGUUGACGCUGAAUGUGGCCGAUCUGCAUUAUUGCCUCAAUCAUCCCCGAAAUGACGUCCUCGUGUUGCCUUCAUGCAGUCAACAGCGGGAAAGCUUAACAAAUGAGGACCACGUACUGGCGCAACUCAUCGACGCUUUUCCGAUGGAAAUUGUCGAAAAGGUCUUGAAAGAGAACAUCUCGCGAAAUGUGGAGGUGUUGGCGAAUUUAUGCGCAGAGAUGACCACU